GGCCCAAGUUAACGUGUAUGGUUCUUGGUGUCUGGCCUGCAGUUUAACGUGUGUGGCACAAUGCCGGUCUGUGGGACCUUCGAUGGAAAACCAGCCUCUGGCUGUGAGGCGGAAAUUCAGACAGAGGAGCUAAAGAAUCUGAAGCCAGAAAGGCUGGUUGGACUCGAGAAAAGCCUGCAGCUGUCCACUGAGGGCUUUAUAACUCUGACCUACAAAGGGCCUCUUUCCCCGGCCACAGGGACCGCUGACGCCUUUAUCAUCCGCUUUGUUUGCAACGAUGACUUUUACCCGGGAACCACCAAAUUCCUGCAUCAGGACAUUGACUCUGGCCUGGGAAUCCGAAACACUUUCUUUGAGUUUGAGACUGCACUGGCCUGCGUCCCCUCUCCUGUGGAUUGCCAGGUCACGGACGUCGCUGGAAAUGAGUAUGACCUGAGUGGCUUAAGCAGAGUCAGGAAGCCCUGGACUGCUGUGGACACCUCGGCUGAUGGAAGAAAGAGAACUUUCUAUCUGAGUGUUUGCAAUCCCCUCCCUUAUAUUCCCAGAUGCCACGGCAGCGCGGUGGGGUCCUGCCUGGUGUCAGAAGACAACAGCUGGAACCUGGGCGUGGUGCAGAUCAGCCCCCAGGCUGCCGAGAACGGCUCCCUGAGUAUUGUCUAUGUCAACGGUGACAAGUGCGGAAACCAGCGCUUCUCCACCAGGAUCACGCUCGAGUGCGCUCAGACCUCGGGAUCCCCAACAUUUCAGCUUCUGGAUGAUUGUGAGUAUGUGUUUGUCUGGAGAACGGUGGAAGCCUGUCCCGUCAUCAGAGUGGAAGGAGACAACUGUGAGGUGAAGGACCCGAGGCACGGCAACCUGUACGACCUGAAGCCGCUGGCUGUUAAUGACACUGUCGUGAGUGCCGGCGAAUACACCUACUACUUCCGGGUCUGUGGCAAGCUGUCCUCAGAGGUCUGCUCCACUAACGACAGGUCCAAGGUGAUCUCAUCGUGUCAGGAGAAGCGGGGACCCGAGGGAUUUCAAAAAGUGGCAGGUCUCCUCACUCAGAAGCUGACGUAUGAGAAUGGCUUAUUGAAGAUGAACUACACUGGGGGGGACACUUGCCAUAAGGUGUACCAGCGCUCCACAACCAUCUUCUUCUACUGCGACCGGAGCACCCAGAGGCCGGUAUUUCUCAGGGAGACUUCGGAUUGCUCCUACUUGUUCGAGUGGCGAACGCAGCAUGCCUGCGCGCCUUUUGACCUGACUGAGUGCUCAUUCAAAGACGAGGCUGGCAACACCUUCGACCUCUCGUCCCUGGUAAGGUAUAGCGACAACUGGGAAGCCGUCACAAGGACAGGAGCCACCGAGCACUAUCUCAUCAAUGUUUGCAAGUCUCUGUCUCCCCAGGCUGGUUCCGAGCCGUGCCCUCCGGAAGCAGCCGCGUGUCUCUUGGGCAGCUCCAAGCCUGUGAACCUCGGCAGGGUGAGGGAGGGGCCACAGUGGAGAGAUGGCGCCACUGUCCUGAAGUACGUCGAUGGUGACUUGUGUCCAGACCAGAUUCGGAAAAAGUCAACCACCAUCCGCUUCACCUGUAGCGAGAGCCAAGUCAAUUCCAGGCCCAUGUUCAUCAGUGCGGUGGAAGACUGUGAGUACACCUUCUCCUGGCCCACACCAGCUGCCUGUCCUGUGAGGAGCAAUGUGCACGACAACUGCCAAGUCACCAACCCUGCCACAGGACACCUGUUUGAUCUGAGCUCUUUAAGCGGCAGAGCUGGACACACGGCCGCAUACAGCGAGAAAGGGCUUGUGUACAUCAGUGUCUGUGACGACAAUGAAAACUGCUCCCCCGGCGUGGGGGCCUGCUUCGGGCAGACCAGGAUCAGUGUGGGCAAGGCAAACAAGAGGCUGACCUAUGUGGAUCAGGUCCUACAGCUGGUGUAUGAGGAUGGAUCCCCCUGUCCGUCCAAAUCCGGCCUGACCUACAAGAGUGUGAUCAGCUUCGUGUGCAGGCCUGAGGCCGGGCCCACCAACAGGCCCAUGCUCAUCUCUCUCGACAAGCAGACAUGCACGCUCUUCUUUUCCUGGCACACGCCUCUGGCCUGCGAGCAGGUGACGGAGUGCUCUGUGAGGAACGGAAGCUCCAUUAUUGACCUGUCCCCCCUCAUCCACCGCACGGGGGGCUAUGAGGCAUAUGACGAGAGUGAGGAUGACACUUCGGACACCGGCCCUGACUUCUACAUCAACAUCUGCCAGCCGCUGAACCCGAUGCACGGGGUGCCUUGUCCCGCCGGAGCGGCUGUGUGCAAGGUUCCUGUCGACGGUCCCCCCAUAGUAAGUAUGGGAAACACAAGGCAGAAACAA